AUGAAAACUGGAUGCGGUGUUGCAGAGGUUGAACUUAUUAUCAAUUAUGACGGAACAGAUUCUCACCGUGAGGCCUUAUCCCGUGUCGGCCGUUUGGUGACACCAUUGAUUGCAAAGACCGAGGAAUUGUCUGAAACGGGUGCUAUCACUUUUGGAUUUAAUUUCUUCGGUGAUCGUGUGGACCCAGGAAAAUGGGCUUACGAUAUGUUUAAUCAAACAUGUCAUAUGCCGAUCAUACCUCCGAUUACUAUAUCGAAUAGAAUACCUGUGGGAAACAACAAUGGGCGGGCGAGAAUACCUGUGGGUGGUGGUGAUCCAAGCUUGGCGGAAGACAAUAUGCUGGGAGACAAUAUCUUGUCAAGAAUUGAAGACGCGGUCGCAUCUUUCUCACCAAUUCCAGGAGGCAUAUUUGAUCCCGCUGAAGACAGCUUAGGCAGCUUGUACAGUGUUCUGAAAUCUCGUGUCAAAAUUAACGACGACAUGAGAUCGGACAAAAGUCGUCUGGGACUGCUAAUUGUUGUUACCGUUACCGAUAAUAAAGCCCACUACGCUGAGGACCACACCUUGCCGAACCAAGGGGCAUUACCUUUCCCGCAAUGGGACGGGGAAUUGACCUGUGAACUUGGUUAUUCAUACGUCCCGAUUUCGGAGUUACAAAAAUUAGCUACACAGAAAUUCGCUUCCAACCAAGCCGCUUCCAACCAAGCCGCUUCCAACCAAGCCGCUUCCACACCUCAAAAGCCACCAACUAAGAAGCGACCUACCCCGAACUUAACACACCUCUCGGCCCUUGCUCCAGUUGCCUUAACAUAUACGGUUCCGGAGUACGUCCCGUGGUGGUCGUGGACCUAUGAACGAAUUGGAUUUGAACAUUUCUACGUGGCCUCGAGCUUGCCCAGUAUAUUAAGCAAGCUGGACGAAAUCGCUUGUUCUGUGCAGCCCGCAACACAAAACACACAGGAGCCCGAUGGUGUGCGAAAUGGUGUGCGAAAGGACACACAUCGUUGGGACAACGGUGGUUGGGAGGAGAGAGCGACGGCUUGGGAACAAGAAAAACCGGCUACCGACGCCGUUAUCGAGGUUUUGACCACCAGUUACCCCGUGCCAGCUGGUUGGCGCAGCGGACCGAAGCGUCUCUCCUCCCCUGCUUGGAUUAUUCCGUCGCGGUUGAAUUCUCACCCAACAUUCUGGUUCCGGAGUCUCACCGUCCUUGCUCUUAUCGCAAUCUUCAUCGCAGGCUGGACUUUGACCCACUGCCGGAAACCCCUCCAAAAUAUGGCGCGUCCCACAACCACCGCCGUCUCCAUGGCCCCUGCAGAAACCCUCAACAGCGACUUGCGGGACGAAGUAGCAACAAUUAAUUCGGAACAGUACAUUUAG